AUGGAUGCUAAAAGGACUGCGCGUCACUUAGAAUUUGUUAGCAAUCUAACUGGAGGCACCAUUUUUGAAUUAAUUUGUCUUCUGGUGCUUCCGCUGGCUCUCGGAUUCUCACGCGUCCUCAUCGGCCAACUCCAUCCAAGAGUGACUUCCAAACUGUCGUGAGUUCUUUUGCAAGGCUGUUCCUGGAAUUUAAUUUUCCACCAGGGCUCUUAAUUUCCUGUACGUACAACGAUAAUGCGUCAAGGUCUCAUUAAGCGGUUCCAAACACCCCUCUCUGUAGGCCUCUCGUGUGGGACUUUCUGCUGGUUAUUGCGGUCUUCGUCCUGCCUGUCACUCUGCUCUCUGAAUACAUCAUCGAGAUAACUGUGAUCGCCUGCACAACAGCUAUCCUCCUCUACUGCUACACUCGAAAUCGACAGCUUCCACCACCUCUUCCCGAGCCUCUCUACGUUUGGCGCCGAGUCCUCCGAGCCUAUAUACUGCUCUUUACCUGCGUAUGCAUCUAUGCUGUGGACUUCCCCUUGUUUCCACGUCGUUUUGCUAAAACAGAGGCGUAUGGUGUCUCAUUGAUGGACGUAGGCGUGGGUCUGAUCUCACUCUACUGUGGUCUCUCCAAUGUGCAAUUCGUGUACUUCCUCCGUUCCGCGCGACCACACUCCUCCAUUUCACCUGUACUCAGAUCCACCUUCCUUCUGGUCCUUUUAGGCGCCUCGCGCACCCUAGUAAUCAAAAUGCUAGGUUUUCCGGAACAUGUAACUGAGUACGGCGUGCACUGGAACUUCUUCGUCACCCUGGCUGUUCUGCGUGUAAGUGUGGUCUGUCAUUUAACUGACAUGUUUGACAGCUUGAACUACAAUAUAGCGGACGAGUGCCCGAGUUACUGGUGCAACAGGUUUCAUUUUCACAGUAUUAGGAUACAUGGCUGUCCUUUCGAUAAUGCAUUGCCUAACAGCAAUUUGUAUUUCUCCACGCAUUCUUUGGUGAUGCUUGUUCAGUAGUUGCAUGUUCAGCAGACUACUUUUCUGUGGCCUGCGAAAAUGUAACCUUGUUGUGCUCAUAGGUUAUUUGCAGGGCUACGCCUGUGUUUACGUCGCAUAUGUCGUUCAAAGUGUUUCUUUUAACUUAAGUAAACCUGCAGAUAUUCUGUGAACAAUCAUUAUGUUCUUUAUUCAAGGAAACUAGAUGGAAAACAUACUCUUAAAACUUCCAGUGCACUGCUUGGCAUUCGGUAUUCUCCUUCAAGUUGGCCUUCUAUAUCGAAUGAUUUGCUGACUAUUAGUCACCAAUUGUCCGGCCAUUUGAGGAAACCUCGUACAAUUAGGUCCUAUGUUUGUCAACCGCAGCCAAGAAUGCACAUAGGCAGGCCCUGGAGAGUGAGAGAGGUUGUUCUUACUUAUCGUCCGAAACUUUUAAUUCUUCCUUUGCUUACUACUCAGACUGCUCUACCCAUCUUUUCUUUCUACAGCUUGCCGGAUUUCUCGUAGGCAGCCAGUUGUCGCGCCUCUCCAACUUCGCCGCAAUGAAUGCCCUCUUUCUGCUCUCUAUGGCCUGUACUAUAGGUCAUCAGACAAUGCUAUCCUCACUUGGACUGGAGCAAAGUCUCGCUCCAGACAGCAGCCUACUCAAGGAAGAGGCACGCCGGUCAUCACUGCUGCUUGCCAACGCCGAAGGUCUUGUUUCCUUACCUGGUUACUUUGCCCUUUUCCUCUGGGGCAUGCUGUUGAGCUUCGUGGUUGAUGUUCAUUUGACGGACGGUGUCAGCUCGGUAAAAUACAAGCUUUUGUGCGUGCAGGAGGAGGAAAAGUGGUUCGUUCAUGACUCUGAAUUUUCAUUUGGUUUUCAUUUGGUCCACAACGCGCAGUCAUUUUAUGCAACUAUAUUCCAUGUGUUCUCUGUUGACGGAGAACGCUGUCCCUUGUCUUUGUCAGUAAUGUCAUUCUGCCUAUAACAUGCGCCACAGUGCGGCUGCUGGUUGGACUCGAAAGAGAGCUCCAAAGUAUAGUGGGGCGAGCGAGUUCCGUAGAGCAGUCGGUGAGCGCCCCACUACCAUUGUAUAUACCCCAUCACAACCGACAGGACAACGAGCCUGUGACUCAGUUGUUAGAGGCUUCGGACUAUUAACCAACAGUUCGCGGGAUCGAACUCUAGGGGUUUUACACCUCGGGACUGGGAAUGGCUGAUUGACGACGGCUAAUAAGCCAGAAAUGGCUAUUCCAGUCUCCCUUGUCUUUGUCACUAAUGAACGCGACUGUUGACUUAGUCCCGGCGCUCUGAAGGGGCUACGUGGCAGCGACAAAAAGAAACUGUUCUUGCUGUUUUCCUCAAGAACAGGAGAGUUCCGCUUCUUUUAGGCAUAGGACCGUGUUAUAUGACUGGAAGCGAUAGCUGUGAUUCCGUUCGAUUUUCUCCCCUUUCCAGCUCUCCCAGUAGUUUCUUCACUUUUCGGGCGUUUCACAACUUUUUGGCCCAUGAACGAUUCGACAGUUUUCGCCCUUGUGCCAUUGGUCCGAGUCCAUAUUAAGUUCCUGUGAAUAUUACCUUUGCUUUAGGCGAGGUCUGCCCCGCCGAGUAUCUCUUCUGCUCGCGUUAAUGGCCAUUGGAUUUCUUUCGGUCACUUAUUGGUAUGGAGAGGCUGCCACAUCUCGUCGUUUCGUCAAUUUGCCAUUUAUUUGUCUUCAGGUGGGCCCCCCUUCACUUUCUUUUAUUUGUCAGCUCUCAAACCAAUCGCUCUCCUCACUUCUUUUCUCUUUACACGGCUUAGGCGUUCAUCUCCUACGCUAUUGCGGCAUUCACACUUCUCUGUUUGUAUCGAGAUCCUGCAAGAAAAUCGUCAGUGAAAAACGGUGAGUACUGUUUUGUCCAUGCAACGGCGUUCACUAUAAAUGAUUCAGCUGUGUCCUUGCCGCCAGUUCAACACAUCACAAAUAUUUGCCAUCCAUUUAAGUAGGUUGGGGGCGGAAUCCCGAGCGAAGUUGAGCCAGUUGGCCACGCAAACUGAGGACCGCAAGGCCAAAGGAGCGCUCACCACACCCACCCAUGUUUUUGAUCGGCGACCCCAACGUCGUCAUCAUCAUCAUCCGCGGUCGGGCUCAUGCGAAAUGAGAUCGUGGAUGAUUUCACCGUCGUGUCGGAGGGCACUCCAACCGAAGCAUGUCGUCGGCAAAUGAGGAAGGCGUAGUUGACCAUUUCGAUUCGUGUGCGGCUGUUCGUUAACGACGAGAAAUUCGGAGAAUGGGAAGCAAACAGUAUCGCCAUGGAACACAUGCAGGCGGGUGGAAUCUUCUGACCUUAGGGGCCAUUGACUCAGAAAGUCCGUGCCGACAGAGGCCUUUUAUACUCAUGGCUUUAAUUUCAGACAGAUCUCACACCGACUCCAGAGGUGUCGACGGAAUCAGACAAAGGCCGCGCGCUCGCCUCAUUGGUCCGAUGACCGUCUCGACCUGUUAAUCUGCCUUUUCAACAGAAACUUCCACCCACCUUAGCUGGAUUUGUCCGCUAUGCCAAGAAUUCCAUCAUCUGUCGUGACCGGAUUGGUAUCUUUGAUCGCAAAACCCUGACGUGAAGGCGUAGGUAACAUCGGAGAAGUCACACUUCUACCCAUUCAAGCGGAUUUAGAAGCUUAUUCCGUGGUAGCGGACUUGGAUCAAAUGAAGCAAGUUCACUUGGAUGCCAUCGCGUACAAGGAUCAACUUCAACGGGACCCGGUAGACGCAAAAUCCGCGAAAGGGAUGGUCUAUUGACAGCAUUUCCGGUGUUCGAGGGUUCAAAAGAGAGGAUAAUGCUGGUCUGCGCACUUCUCCCCGGCUGAAAACCCCACUCAUUCUCUUUUGUUCACACAUCGCAGUAUAAGUGGUAGCCCUUGAGAAGGAACAGGAAGAGGAUAAGUUAAACUGAACACUUAGAGAUACGCCACAGUCGUUCUCAAACAGUCAUCUGUCGCUCCUCCGGAAGGAUGUUGUUGCAAAAACAUCGUACCGGUCUGUGAGAACGCUUUCUGCUUCCCGCAUGCGCUGCAGGAUGCCGUUCAGUUAGUCUGCCGGUACGGUUGAACAGCAUUUCUGCUGGAUGACAGUCCUCAAUAGAUGCGCUGGGAUUGCUAAUUUUUACUAAUGCCAACACUGAUGCAUACCAUCAUCCCUUGGUUGUGCCGGAUAGAACCUAAGACUGGUUGACCUUUCGAAUCCAGCCCAGCCUCCUUGUAUCUUCCCUGGCCUAGGCGAUUUAGUGAUCUCGCACAGUUUUGUAUUCCAAAGUUGGUUGCGGUCGUACCGUGCCGGGUGCUUGUUUAAACUACUCUGCUCCCCAUAGUUCGGACCAUCCCGCUUUCAAGCAGCCAAUCAGAUCGUCUCGGCGGCCAUCCAGUCCUUUCGGUGACCUCUGUUGUGACCUAGCAGCCCCUAGGAUUGACUCGAGAGCGUUGAUCAGUUGAAACUGAUUAACUGCUGCGAAAGGGGCCUCGUUGACUUUUGUCUGCGUCAAUGCAAUGAAGGGGUUUGGAGACAGUAGCAAGUUCCAUGAUACGGUCAACGUUACGUUUGUUUACAGGUCGUGCCUUUUCGACAAUAAGUUUUCAGCGGCGUAGUCAGGAUCAUUUUCGUAUUAGCGGGAUACAUCGCGGGACGGUGUAGCACUGGGCUAACCAAACGUGCUCUUGAAAACGUGUAGUCGAUUUGCCUAUCAUUGAACUACCAGUUGACUAGAUAUCUCCCAAGGAGUCGGAAUCAAACUCCUGUAACAUCUAAUGCUUCAUCGCAGCAAAAUUGUCUGUCCUUCACCGUUAAUGCAGCAGUCUGUCAAGUACUCCCCCCCCCCCUCCCCGGUUGCAUAUGAUGGCCUCCUGCAAAUCGCUCCACCACCGCGCGAGUCCCAGUCCGCAACAGUCUUUUCCAACCGUUUAGUAUUCGGUCUUGCGUUCGACAGGGUUGUUUCCUCUCGUCCAUUCUGUUCGACUACGCCAUUGACUGGAAUCUCGGGAGGGCCCUACACGAAAGUGACGGUGUUGGAUUUGCAUCCGGACACCGACUGCCUGAUCUCGACCAUGCCGAUGAUAUCGCCUUACUUGCUUCAAGUUUUGAUGAUCUGCAGUCAGUGGUGUCACGGGUGAACGGGGUCGCUAAAUCGUCGGUUUAUCCAUUAACGCUGGGAAGACUGAAGUGUUUUCAUUCCUGACCAGGAGGAGGCCCCCCCUGGGAUUGAUGGCUGACAAGUUGAAGCAGACAGUUUUAAAUACCUCGGGGCGAGGCUGCUGCCGAAUGGCCAGAGUAAGGAUGGCAUUGUCUCCCGCAUUGAUACUGCCCGACGGGUUUUCUCAAGCCUUAGAAAAUGCCGGUGGAUCCCACGCGACCUCUCCAUCGCCACUAAGAUUCGCGUGUACCGCGCGUCUGUCCUUUAUGGUUGUGAGUGCUGGGCUGUGCGCGUUGAGGACGAGCAAAAACUGAGGUAUUUGAUCACCACUGCUUGAGGACCAUCCUUCGAGUGGAAUACACCGAUUUCGUCUCAAAUGAGACAGUCCGCGCUCGCCGCGACGACAUCGCAUGGAUAAUCCAGGUUACCCUAGAAAGGCGACUGAGGUGAUUUGGGUAUGUUUUUCGUCGUCUACAUCAGGGGCUCAGUGUUACUGCGCUCGAUCCGGCACCGUUACCCCAUUGGAGGCGUUGAAGUGGAGUGGGUCAACUCAAAACCUGGCUCGGCACAGUUCUUUAGGGCAUGCAGGUGGCUCUUGGACCUUCGGUAUUCGGUCUCCGUCGUUGGCGAAGGGAAUGCGUUGAACUAUUCAGAUCUGCUGCUGCUGCUGCCGCGGAUCGUCACGCUUGGAGAAGUUCAAUUCGGAACAUCAUCGAGGCUGGCUAUUUCAGUCAUGAUCGCAGCCGUACCGAGUACAAGUACCUAUCGUCCAAAUCCAUCGUUUGGUCGUAGACCGCAACCGCGCGAAUAUGCACAAGGCCAGUCCUCGAGAAGACUUAUUGGUGACACCUUCGUAGUACGAGUGUCAGCAUUCUUUGGCGUCCAGCAACUUAACACUGUGUGACCUAUACUGUGGCAAGUGCGCCUCGGAGCGACAGGCACCUACAAACGCUCGUCUGGUAAGGCUACGCGUCAUCAGUUCUCACUUUGUAGCACAAUCCUUUCUUCUAUUUGGAAAGGUCAUCUUACACACCUAUCACCCGGCCCAUUGUUAGAAGUCCAGACCCGCUAGUUGCCGCUGUGGUUCUCAUUGGCGGUUGAGGAACUCUCAUAAGAUGGAGACGCAGACGAGUUAGUGCAAGUCGGUCCCUCCCGCUCCUUGACUUGUUUUAUGGAUAUUGAUGCAGCCUGCCCGAAAUCGAAGGUACGACGGCACCAUUUAACGACGGUUUGUGCUCUGCACGUUGCAGUACCGCCCCCGGGCUUUAUAGAGCAGCCAAUCACCCGGUCCCAAUUCUCGCCCGCCCGCUUAGUCGCGAGCCCAAACAUCAAGUAAGCCCCACCAUCCGCCACUCGUAAGUGUGAUGGUUGGUCUGUCGCCGGCUUAACAGGCUUAUUCCAUCUUUCCGGUCCAUGCAUAUGUAACGUUCUCGUCCGGGUGGGUGGGUAGUCCUAUCUGUCGAUAAACUACUCUUACCAGCUACUUAAAUCAAAUAAGUAGACACCUCACGAAAGUUUAAUUCAGAGGGUACUUUUCUCGUGCCCUAGACCUUGCAUGGUUUUCCACAUGUAGGGUUUCCGAAGUAAUGAACCCAACAUUUCCUCUAACCCAGAUAGCAUUCAUUCUACUAUGAUUUUUGCUUUUGUUUCAUAUCUCUGUGCUGCUCCCUUACUUGACCCGUCUACCAAGCCUCCAACGCGCCUCCUUCAUUCUUGCUGUACCAUUUAAGCCAUUAACGCCUCUCUGGCUACUACUUUCUCAGUCGUAGGCCGUUGAAAGUUGCCACCAUUAGCUUCCAAUCGCGUAAAAAGUCUGCAGUCUUUUAGCGGAGCCAGCCUUCUACCAGCCGAUCAUGAUCCGAAGUAGUAAAAAGUUUUGUCAACACUCGAAAGACGGUUAUCGAAAGAGCGGGGUUUCGGUCCACCGGUAGUCUAUGUGUCCGCCUAACCUUCUUAAUGUUCGGCGCUUCCAUUUUCAACAGAAUAAACUCUGCUGAACUCUAGCUGUAAAUUCUACAUUGCGGACCCACAGCGGGACUUGGGUGUGGGGCCGCUCCUACUUAAACUGACAGGAAGAUGAAGCCUGAAACCGAAGGUUGCAUGUAGAUAGGAACACUGUUGUACCACCACUGGAUAUGGCAGGCGACGAGGACUGCAACUGUUCCGAGAAACGCAGUGACGACUUGGUCAUGAAGUGAUUUAAAAUGAGGGUGAUUUCCGCAGCACUUCACUACAAGUUCCUACAGUUGCCAUUUUCCAAAUGAAAAAACAAAAGUGAGGGGAUAUGGGUUGGGAGCGCAUAAACGGUCAAAAUUGUGCCCCUCUUGGCCCGUGCCACGCAGGUGUCCCACGGUGAUCCGUACAAAGACUGCAUUUAAAAGGAGCCAUUAUGUCUCGAUCCUCAACCCCAAGAGGAGCCAACCUAGCCGCGAAUUUCAACGUCGCCUGAGAGUUUGAGUGCGAGUCAACUUUUGUAGUAAGCGAUGUGUGCACUGACUCUUUGCCGGAUCAUCUACCCACUCGUCUUACAUCAGUCGCAAGUUUGAGCCAAAUCGCCGGGAGCCGAGAUCGGGCACGGUCAAUAACAUGGCGUAAAGGUGGCAUCUAGCGCCUACAUAUCAAAUUCACUGCGUCUCUUAAGGACUUAAAUGCGUCAUAGGCUUGUCGUGCGCGACUGGUCCGGGAAGCGAGUAGGUUAUCAACGAAUAACUCGAUAGGUGAAGGCCCUAGCCACUGAAGGCGUAAUGCUUGGGCCCUCUUUUCGGUUACUUCAGUUAAGUGCUGCGUCCCUUAACGGGCUAAAUGCGUCACAGGCUUGUUUGGCAUUGGUUUGAGUCAUGCGUGGCAGUGCAGCUAGUUAGACGGUGGAGGACUGUAAUAAAUGAAUAAAUCAAUAAGCGAAUGCCGUAGUUCCAGAAAGCGUAAUGCCUGAGCCCUCUUUUUCGGUUACCUCAGUUAAGUGCUGCACGGUUGGUGUCCUAUUGCCACACCUCACCUCCUAUUUCUGCAUUUUAGACCUGAUGCCGCUAAUAACCGUAGUCUCUGGAAACUCCAUGCUCUACUUCCUUGUCUCAAACAUCAUGACGGGUUCGCUGAACCUCAUGAUCGACACCCUGGAGUUGGGAGAUAUGCGCCCAGUCUGGUUGAGCAACGCCUGUCAGUUCUGCCUCCUGACUGCCUAUGUGAUCGCCUCCCCUCUGGCAACGGUCUUCCUUCGUCGUCGAGUCUUGGACGUCUUCUUUUAG